AUGAAGAUCGUACCGAUAGUAGACAUAACUGCGGAAACCGUUGCCAAAGCCCUGCUGUCUGGAUGGAUAGCCAGGUAUAGCUGUCCAGUAGACAUUGUUACAGAUCGCGGUCGACAGUUCGAAUCCGCUUUGUUUCAAUAUUUGUCGAAGAUAAAUGGGUUCCAGCAUAAAAGAACAACAGCUUACCAUCCGGCAUGCAACGGUUUAAUAGAGCGUUUCCACAGGCAGCUCAAGGCAGCAAUCAUGUGCCAUGCAGAUGAGCAUUGGACUGAAUCUUUACCUUUAGUUCUCCUUGGCAUUCGUAGUGCAUUUAAGGAAGACUUGCAGUCUUCGUCUGCCGAACUGAUGUAUGGAGAACCACUUACGCUACCUGGUGAAUUUUUUGACCCCACCAUAAAUGUUACGUCGGAUGUAAUCGAUUUUACAGCCAGGUUGCAUAAUUUUGUUAAACAUUUGCAACCUGUCCCAGCUUCACGCCACACAAAAGAAAAAACUUUUGUAUACAAGGAUCUCGCAACUACUGAACACGUGUCUUCUUAA